GAGACUUACUGCCCUUCUCGAUCUGCUAAUUUUGAUUCCUGGCUUUCAGCGUUUACCUAAGUGACCUGGAUUCUUAUAGCUUGGCAGUCAAACUGCAGUGACCCCUGUAAGUCUUGUAAAGAGAGAUUGGGAGAUGCGGAUAAGAGAUUUUUCUUUCCAAGAAAGAGAGGGAGAAAAUGAGGUUUUGCUGAAGGCAUUACUGAAGAAUCAUCCAAGGUGCCAUACUAUAACAAUGAUUCAGCUGACAGCUACCCCUGCAAGUGCCCUUGUCGAUGAGCCAGUGCAUAUCCGAGCUACAGGCCUGACUCCCUUUCAGAUAGUGCUUCUUCAGGCAUCACUAGAAGAUGAAAUGGGAAACAUGUUUCAUUCCCAAGCCUACUAUAGGGCCAAUGAAGUUGGCGAGGUGGACCUGGAGCAUGCUUCUUCACUUGGAGGUGACUACGUAGGAGUCCACCCGAUGGGUCUCUUCUGGUCCCUGAAACCUGAAAAGAUAUUAACUAGACUGUUGAAAAGAGAUGUGAUGAAUAGCCCCUUCCGGGUUCAAUUAAAACUGUAUAAUUCAAAUGUAAUCUUAAUCAACAAGGCCACCGCUGCUCCAAUUGUCAGCCUGACUUUGGAGAGAUGGUACGUAGCACCUGGUGUCACGCGAAUCCAAGUCCGAGAAGGCCGCCUUCGGGGAGCACUCUUUCUCCCUCCAGGAGAGGGCCGUUUCCCAGGAGUAAUUGAUUUGUUUGGGAGCAUCGGAGGACUGAUUGAAUUCCGGGCCAGUCUCCUGGCCAGUCACGGCUUUGCUGCCCUGGCCUUGGCUUACUGUGACUAUGAAGAUCUGCCUUGCCCACUAGAGAAAGUAGAUCUGGAAUAUUUUGAGGAAGCUGCCAACUUUCUCCUGAGACAUCCUAAGGUCUUUGGUCCAGGUAUUGGGGUAGUCUCCAUAUGCAAAGGAGCAGAGAUUGGACUCUCCAUGGCUAUUCACCUAAAACAAGUCAGAGCCACCGUGCUUAUUAAUGGGCCCAACUUCAUUUUUGAUGCUCCACAGGUGUAUCGUGAUCAGAUAUAUCAGCCUUUGCCCCACUCUCCACAGUUACUAUCCAUCAGUGCCUUAGGGCUAUUCGAGUUUCGGCACAUUUUUGAGGAAGCUAGAGUUGAAGCCAAUCAGACUUCUUUUCUCCCCAUUGAAAAAGCCCAGGGACAUUUCCUCUUUAUUGUGGGAGAAGAAGAUAAGAACAUCAACAGUAAAGCACAUGCUGAGCAAGCCACAGAACAGCUGAGAAGAAAUGGGAAGAACAAUUGGACCCUGCUAUCUUACCCUGGGGCUGGCCACCUGAUAUACCCUCCCUAUUCCCCACUGUGCUGUGCCUCAAAGCUCUCCAACUUCCACUUCUUCAUACACUGGGGAGGAGAGGUGAUCCCACAUGCAGCUGCACAGGAACAUUCUUGGAAGGAGAUCCAGAAGUUUCUCAGGAAGCACCUCAUUCCAGUUGUGACCAGUCAACUCUGAGAAAAGUCAAUAUUCCUGGAAAACAGAAAAGCAAUAUGGCUUUACCAGAUCUUCACCUGAUUUUCGUGGAACAAUGUCUCUUAUCUCUACUGUAAGAAGGAAGCUAUAGCAGGAGAAGGCAAGAGGACCGAGAAUGGUCAGAUUUUGACUUUGGAGAGGGAAAAAUUUUCCCAUUUAAUCCAAUAUCAUAUACUGAGGGCUUUGCAUUUUUAGAAGUAAAAUUAGAGCUCUACCUGCCUUAAAAUAUUCCAGUUUACAAUUAUAGCAAUUCUCUAGGGAAAAAAAUGGCCAAAAAAGAAACAAAGACUCCCCUGGUUUGUAAAACAGAUAUGAAUAGAACAAGGUGCAGAUAUUUGUGAUUUCUUAAAACUCAAGUUAUGCUUCGAUCUCUCAUAUUUGAAAAUAUGAUCAUGAUUCAUGGUUAGUUCAUUGUUUUUGGAAAACUAGAGCUGGGUAACAAAAUGUAUUAUUUUAAAGGAAUAUGGAAGCUGAUAUGGAGGUAACAACAUUCAAUCAAUCUACAAUCAAUAAUUCAACAAACACUAAUAAAAUAAAAUAAAGUCAUUUUUGUGUCUAAACAUACAGCAUUUGAGAGAGGAACAAUCUGAAACUCAAGAAUUGUGAUUUAGUAAAGCAGACAGGAUGGUGUGGAUUGUGUGCUUCUAGAAUAGGGGUUAGCAAACUCUUUCUGUAAAGUACCAGAUAGUAAAUGUUUUUGGCUUUGUGGGCCAUAAGGUCACUGUUACUAUUAUUCAGCUCUGUCAUUGUAGUACAAAAGCAGCCAUAGACAGGUUAUAAUGAAUAAUCGUGGCUAAAUAAAUAAACUUUACUUAAGGACACCGAAAUUUGCAUUUCAUAUAAUUUUUACAUCAAAAAAUAGUAAUUUUCUUUUUAUUUUUUUCCAAGCAUUUACAAAUACAAAAACCAUUCUUAGCCCAUGGGGAGCAGAAAAACAGGCCUAAGGCUGGAUUCCCUUGCAGGACAUAGUUUGAUGACCUUGGGUGUAGAGCAAUCCAAAUUACCUCGUCCCAGGUCAAAUUUGAGGUAUCUUCUCUAAGGGGUAAGUCACAGCCCAAAUAUUCCUGAGCUACUGAAUUUCAAUGGAUGGAAGUGGAAGAUGAUUGGUGGAUAAUCAAGGUGAAGAUGAACCAGUAGAAAAGUAUUUUGAAUCAUUUCGUGGGUAUGAUGGGGAGCCAAUGAGGAGUUAGAUUAACAGAAGUAACAUGACACUUCAGUUGUAUCUGCCUAAGCUCUUUUUUCUUCUUAUCCACUUUCUUAUAUUCCCUCUGUUUAGAGUGAAAUCAUUCCAUUCAAUAAGAGUGGAGCUAUUAGCCUGUGUCUUCUCUCACUUGUAAGUUUCCACAUUUCCCAGACCUUGCCAAUCAGAAUACCUCACUCCUUUGACUAUAAUAAUCUUGUAAUUACAACUGUAAUACCUCCUAUGCUAUAUGCUAUGUAAUAGUUAUGUAUGUUAUAUGCUAUAUGCAUUAGAUAUACAAUAUGCUAUAUAACAGUUAUCAUAACAGAUAUAAUGGGUAUAAUUUUUCUUGUUUCCUGUUUUGAACUUUAGGAAGAACAACUCUGUGAUAUGUGAUGUUGGUGCUUGGUCUGAUAUGUAUCCCUCAAUUUAUAUUUUAUGGCUCUUCCUUUUAAACCAAGAAGGUUUUGCAUUCUUUUCAACUGUUUUGUCAGCAUUGCUAGAAAUGAUUGUGUGGUUUUUCUCUGUAGAUCUAAUUAUAUGAUGACUUAUUUUUCCAGUAUUGAAUCAUCUUUAUAUUUAUAGAAUAAAACUCACUUGGUCAUGAUGUAUUCUUCGUUAAGAUUAAUAAAUAAGAUUGAACCAUU